AUGGCAGAAGUCGACCUGAUUGGGAUAGCACUUUUCAUUCCCGCUAAUUUGAAAGAAGAACAAGCUAUACGACACUAUUUUCAUUCGGGUUUUGAACACAAUGUAAUCCUCCAGUUCUUAUCAAGGUAUCAUGGUAUAACAAUGUCUUCCAGAACUCUCUGUUAUCGUUUAAAGCAAUUUGGAUUGAGCAGAAGACAUGCACCUGAGGAAAUAGACGAAGAAAGGGUUGCUCACUUGAUCAGACAAGAACUAAAUGGCGACGGGUGCCUAUUAAGAUAUUGUGCAAUGCGGCGGCUUAUUAGAAGGAAAUAUCACGGUAAAGUGCCGCGAAGGGUAGUACAAAGACUGCUUCGUGAAAUACAUCCCGAAGGAUCUAAUGAACGUAGAUCACACCGUCUUAAGCGAAGAGAGUAUAACAACCCUGGUCCAAACUUCUGCUGGCACGCAGAUGGUUACGACAAACUAAGACCGCAUGGAUUCCCAAUACAUGGGU